CGGCGCCUCGCACGGACCGGAAGCGGAGCCGGGCGGGCGGUUGCCGUGGCAGCGGGCCGGGUCCGCCAUGGAGGCGCUGACCGAGAUGUACGACCAGGCGCUGCUCGGCAUCCUGCAGCACGUCGGCAACGUGGACGACUUCCUGCGAGUCCUCUUCGGCUUCCUCUACCGAAAAACCGAUUUCUACCGCCUCCUCCUGCGGCCCGGGGACCGGCUGGGCUUCCCGCCCGGCGCCGCGCAGGCCAUGGCCAUGCAGGCGUUCAAAGUGUUUGAGCGGAUGGCCCGGCAGGACGAUGAGAAGCGCUGCCGGGAGCUGGAGGCAAAGCUCCGCAAGAAGGAGGAGGAGGAGGAAGCUGCCGCGUCUGCCGAGAGGGUGAGAGUGGCCCCGGCUGCACAUGAGGUUGAGGUAGAGACCACGGAGGAGCCCGAGCCCUCGCUGGACGCGGGGGAUGCGGAGGGGCCGCAGGAUUCACCCACAGCCCCGGCAGCAGCAGCCGGCCCCGUGCCAGCAGAGCCCCCUGCACAGCCCUCACCUGCCGAGCUGCCCACGAGACAGGAGCAGUUCCAGACGAACCCCGACAGCUACAACGGGGCAGUGCGGGAGAAUUAUGCCUGGUCCCAAGACUACAGCGACCUGGAGAUUAAAGUGCCUGUGCCCAAACACAUCAUGAAAGGCAAACAGGUGUCUGUGGAUAUCAGCAGCAGCACAAUCCGCGUGGCAGUGCUGGAGGGGAGCAGCCAACGUGUGCUCAUGGAGGGGAAGCUCACACACAAGAUCAACACGGAGAGUUCCCUCUGGAGCCUGGAGCCAGGGAAGUGCGUUUUGAUCAACCUGAACAAGGGGGACGAGUACUGGUGGAACGCCGUCCUGGAGGGCGAGGAGCAGAUUGACAUCGACAAGAUCAACAAGGAGCGCUCCAUGGCCACGGUGGACGAGGAGGAGCACGCCGUGCUGGACCGCCUCACCUUCGACUACCACCAGAAGCUGCAGGGCAAACCGCAGAGCCACGAGCUGAAGGUGCACGAGAUGCUGAAGAAGGGCUGGGACACCGAGGGCUCCCCGUUCCGCGGCCAGAAGUUCGACCCGUCCAUGUUCAACAUCUCGCCCGGCGCCGUGCAGUUUUGACCCCGGUGUAAGCGGGACAAGCGGCGACGUGGGGAGGGGAGACCCCAGACCCGGUGUGGGAUGCCCUGUGCCCACAGCCGGCAUCAGCACAGCACGGGGGUGGCAUCCCAUCCCAUCCCAUCCC